CACUAUGUCCCAGUCAUGGUGAAGGCAUUGCUUGUGGGGCUCCUAGCUGCUACGAUUUGUGCUUUCGUGUUCUCUGCUCCCGCUGCCCGAAACUACCCCCUAUCGGACGAUCCCCCGACAUUACCAGCACAGCCUUUGCCGCCUUCGCCGCCUUCGCCGCCUUCGCCUUCGCCCCAAUCAACCAACCAAUCGAACCACCGACCACCAGAGCCUCAACCCCAAUCUCAACCUCGAACCCAGCAACAGUCGCAGCUUCAGCACCAGCACCAGCCCCAGCCUCAGCUAGAUCCUGAACCACCUCUCGAAGACGAUCCUGCAGCAAGGAGUGAACGCAGCACCAACCUGUCGCACGUUAGCGGUACCGCCAGAAAGAUUCAAAUGUUCAUCAAAAAUCGUCACCUGCAACUGCUUCCAGACGGAACCGUCAACGGAACCACCGACGACACCAGUCCCUACACCAUUCUACAGAGAACUGCUGUUGGUAAAGGACAGAUGAGGAUUCAAGGAGUUGCCACGUGUCAGUAUUUAUGUAUGGAUAGUUGCGGAUUGCUAUAUGGUUCUUUGGAGUUUGGAGAUGAUUGUGUCUUCAACGAAACAAUGGAGCAGCACAACUACAACACGUACUCGUCGACUAAGUACUCGAACGAGCGAAAAACGUUGUACCUGGCAUUAAACAGACGAGGGCAGCCGCGAAAAGUGGUGCUGAGGGCGCGACAUCAGCUGGGCAAGCUGUCGUCGUACACGCGCGCCCUCCUGAGACACGUCAGUCUCGACAGGAGCGAGGAGAUCCACGCCAGACACCACAGACAUUGUCCGACGACGGCCGUUCACCAAUCGCAUUACCAAUCGCCGACCAGAUCGCACGACCCGCCGCGUUGCAGGAAACGAAAGAAACGCAAAAAGAAGAAACGAAAAUGUCCAGAGGACGAAUUCGAUCCCGAAUUGUGCCAAAAAAGACAGAGUGUAUCGAAUAAUAGCCAGCAGGAGAAAGCAGCACACCGCGUGCUCAAGUGCGAUGACAAAGACAAUAAAGACAAUGAUGAGUGCCAAAGAGACGUAACUAAAAGGAAACAUAAGAAUAAUAAUAAUAAUAAUAAUAAUAAUAAUAAUAAAUCAUUAGUGAGUGUUUUAAAUAAGAAGAAGAAGAAGAACCGGAAGGGUGUGAGAAAAAGACUGGAAAUGGAGACUACAAGUACUGAAGCCACCAUGACAAUUACUUCAACUGUGACUUCUCCACCGGAGGAAGUCACACCGGAUGAAGAUUACGGUGUUGAUUCAUCGACUCAUAUCGACUGGGAGGACUCGACUGCUCUUCCCGACAUACCUAUGGCAGUCUCCGACGCUACUAGGCUCACAGCUGAAACCCAUAUCGACUCUGACUGACUAGAAACAACUCUACUCCCCCUUCCUAUUAUUUAUUACUUCUAUUUAUUGUAUGUAAAUGUAAAUAAUUAACUAUGUAAGUCAAUAUACCUCACCAUUGAUUAAGACUUUUCUUUGCAUCAUUCACUCUCACGUUGCUUGUAAAUUGUCAAUUUCAAGUUCAAUUAGCUAAAUCAUUUAAUACAAUUAUUCGACACCGAACUUGAAAAUGAUCACAAUUUACAUAAUUAUUCGAAUCUCAUCACGUCAUGCUUUUUUAUGUAUUUAGUAACCGCCCUUCGGAUGCGUUAUUUUUCAGGCUUCAUAUAUAUAUAUUUAUAUAUAUAUGUAUAUUAUUAGUUCAAUUAUUAUUAUAAUUAUUAUUAUUAUUAUUAUUGUAGUGCAGGUCUUUUAUGUAAUGAAAAAUUGUUAUCACUUUUGAACGUGUUCCAAGAAGGGUCGGAUUGGUGAUAAUUUUGCUUAAAAAAAACUUUUAUUAGAACUGUUUAGAAUAGGUCAUUUUAUAUAUUUUUGCGUAUAUGUAAGCAAAAUUAUGACAAAGAUUUUAUAGAUUGGAGUCGAGUGUACAUAAUUACAAAAAAAUGUAUAAUAAAAUGUUAUCAAUAUCAAACAGUAUUAUCAAUAACAAAAUUUUAGAUAGUUUUAUGUAAAAUUUAAAUAAAAUCGUGAAAGAUUUAA